UCUCGGCAGACCUGUCGGCAGCCAAACGCAAGUUUGCGGACUCCCUCAACGAGUUUAAAUUCCGCUGCAUAGGCGACGCUGAAACGGAUGAUGAGAUCUGCAUAGCCAAGUCUCUGCAGGAGUUCGCCACGGUGCUGCGGAACCUGGAGGACGAGCGGAUGCGCAUGAUCGAGAAUGCCAGCGAGGUGCUGAUCACGCCACUGGAGAAAUUUCGCAAGGAGCAGAUCGGGGCCGCUAAGGAUGCCAAAAAGAAAUAUGACAAGGAGACAGAGAAGUAUUGUGGUGUCCUAGAAAAGCACUUAAACUUGUCUUCUAAGAAGAAAGAAUCCCAGCUUCAGGAGGCAGACAGCCAGGUGGACCUGGUUCGGCAGCAUUUCUACGAAGUCUCCCUGGAGUAUGUCUUCAAGGUGCAAGAGGUCCAGGAGAGGAAGAUGUUUGAGUUCGUGGAACCUCUGCUGGCCUUUCUGCAGGGGCUUUUCACCUUCUACCACCACGGCUACGAGCUCGCAAAGGACUUCAGCGAUUUCAAGACAGAGCUGACAAUCAGCAUCCAGAACACAAGAAAUCGUUUUGAAGGAACAAGGUCAGAGGUUGAAUCUUUGAUGAAGAAGAUGAAGGAGAAUCCUCACGAGCACAAAAACAUCAGCCCUUACACGAUGGAGGGUUAUCUCUACGUGCAGGAGAAACGUCACUUUGGGACUUCCUGGGUGAAGCAUUACUGCACGUACCAGAGGGAAUCAAAGCGGAUCACGAUGGUGCCGUUUGACCAGAAAUCUGGAGGAAAAGGGGGAGAAGAUGAAGCUGUUAUCCUCAAAUCUUGCACACGGCGGAAAACCGACUCAAUUGAGAAGAGGUUUUGCUUUGAUGUGGAAGCUGUCGAUCGGCCCGGCGUGAUUACCAUGCAGGCGCUUUCAGAAGAGGACCGAAGGCUGUGGAUGGAGGCAAUGGAUGGCCGGGAACCGGUCUACAACUCGAACAAGGACAACCAAAGCGAAGGCACUGCCCAGUUGGAUAACAUCGGCUUCAGCAUUAUCAAGAAAUGCAUACAUGCUGUUGAAACAAGAGGGAUCAAUGAGCAAGGGCUCUACCGAAUCGUUGGAGUAAACUCUAGAGUUCAAAAGCUGUUGAGUAUAUUAAUGGAUCCCAAAACAGCCACUGAAACAGAAACAGAGAUCUGUGCAGAGUGGGAGAUAAAGACCAUUACUAGUGCACUGAAAACCUACCUGAGAAUGCUUCCAGGGCCGCUCAUGAUGUACCAGUUUCAAAGGAGCUUCAUCAAAGCAGCGAAACUGGAGAAUCAGGAGUCGAGGGUGUCAGAGAUCCACAGCCUCGUUCAUCGGCUCCCGGAGAAAAACAGGCAGAUGCUGCACUUGCUCAUGAACCAUUUGGCAAAAGUUGCAAAUAAUCACAAGCAGAACCUGAUGACUGUUGCUAAUCUGGGUGUGGUAUUUGGGCCAACACUGCUUCGACCUCAAGAGGAAACAGUUGCUGCCAUUAUGGACAUCAAAUUUCAGAACAUCGUGAUUGAAAUUUUAAUAGAAAAUCAUGAGAAGAUAUUUAACACGGUGCCAGAGACUCCGCCAUCGAACUCGCAGCUGCUGUUAUCUCGCAAGAAGAGCACAGACUCGAAGCCUCCCUCCUGCAGCGAGAGACCACUGACGCUCUACCACACGGCACAGCCCCCACGUACGCUCUGCCACAGGGCACAGCCCAACGAGAAGCAGGAGAACAGGAACAGUAUCAUCAACUCCAGCCUGGAAUCCGUCAUCUCAUCAAACGUAAACAGCUUCCUCAACUCCAACAGCGCUCCCCAGCCCAGCCUGAACUCAAGUGAUCUUGAACUAGAAGUAAUUAAACCCAACAGGCCAAAUUCACUCCCUCAGAAUCCAAGCCCAACGUCACCCCUCUCACCGUCCUGGCCCAUGUUCUCCGCGCCAUCAAGUCCUAUGCCCACCUCCUCUACGUCCAGCGACUCAUCCCCCAUCAGCUCACCACUGCGGAAAGCCCGAGCUUUGUACGCCUGUAAAGCAGAACAUGACUCGGAGCUCUCCUUCACAGCAGGCACCGUGUUUGAUAACGUUCAUCCAUCCCAGGAGCCUGGCUGGCUGGAAGGGACCCUCAACGGGAAGACGGGAUUAAUCCCCGAGAACUACGUUGAGUUCCUAUAACUUUGGGCGUAAGAAGCGCCACUGCUGAGCUUUACAUGGUAUCCAUGGCAGCCACUGGCGGGAGUCCUGCAGACCAUUUUGCUCUUUGCCACUGUGCAAUGCAGGGCGAAGGACUUCCCCGUACCCACUGAGAUGAAUGUUUGUGUGGAUAAUAACGUUCCUGUCUCCUCCUGCGCUCCUGCGGUGCAUGCCGGGGCUGCGGGGGGAGCGGUCCUGGGGAGAUGGCUCGACUCCUCCAGCCCCGAGCAGAGGCAGGCAGUGCCCAAAGCCCGCGUCCCAGCUGGGAGCCCUUGCAGCAAUCAAAAAAACCAGCAACGCAGCAGCUCCACGCCGCAGCCCGAGUGCUCCGCAGGGGACGAGCCUGCAAACUGUGAACCAGCACGGGAGAGCCACCGAGCCUGAGGCUCCCUGCAGUGAGACUGUUUAGCAGCUGUAAAGAGCAUCAGCGGGAGCUGAGGGACCCCAACCCAUCAGCCUCCCCGCCAGAGGAAGAGUGGUCAGCAGCGAGGAGUCCUUUGCUCCCAGGCCCUUCCCUG